AAAGGGCAAUUUUUUACAGGAGGGAAAGGCCUGAGCUUUAAUUGCAGAGCUUGAAACUAAGGGGGAGGGAGGAGGCAAUACGAAGGGACCGUGAGCAUUUUAGCAGGGGCAGUAGCGUAAGGUCUGGCACCUCCUGUGGGAGCACAGCCUGACUGCUUUUCAAGCUGCCGCACGCGACCGCCGCCUGAAGUCAACUCAAAGUCGUCCACAACAGCAGAGAAUCGCGUUGCAGCAGCUCCCUCCUUUACAUUGUUUCCCCGCACCUGCUGCACGAGAGUGGCUGGAGCAGAAGGCAGCGGCAGCGGUGGCUGCCAUUGCCAGGCGUGGGACCAGGAGGAAACGAGCUGAGCAUCCCCGUGUGGAGGCACGUAUUCCUCAGCAGCUCCCCAGGAUCCUGCUGGCAAGGAUGCGCGGCUGCCGCAUCUGACGUGUUUCUCCCACGAGAGCUUCUGGUAGUUCGAAGGCAAUAAAAUAAGCAAGAAACCCAAGAGAACAUCAGACAGGGAGCUGGGUAUGUAAAAGGCCUUUUGAAAGGAAUGCAUUACGGACAGAGAGCCUUUUGGACGAAGGUAUCGGUUUUUUUGCUCCUCAGUUGCAGAGAUAAAAGGAGUCAGCAAGGAGUAUUGUAUCCUGGAGGAUUCCUCUGUGGCCUUUCUGGUAUUGUUCUCUUCUUUCCCCUUGAGCACUGCAAAGUACUGACCUUUCCCAGUGGAACUGGAGUCUCUGCCGCUCCACCCCCGGUUCCAGCUGAGAGGAAGAGGUCUCUCUCUCUCCCCCUGCGUCCGUGCAGACACUUCUGUUUGAAUCGAAGAUAUAUCUUUUUGCUGAAACUCUUUUGUUGUGACGUUGCAUAAUAGGCAGUUGUCUCACCGCAGGAAAUAAAAGAAACGAAAGGAAAUAGAUGGAAGGAAAUUUUUCCCCAAAGCAAAACUGAAGAAGGGAAGAGAACAUCAAAAUCACUUCAAACCCUACCCGGGAUCCAGAAGAACACAAAUCUCCUAGCUCCGGAGGAAAAUACUCUAUUGUAAAAACUCCUCAGCAGUCAGUAACGAUGAACAAUCGUGGUGCUUCAUCUGGGUGCAGCUGGUAAAAGAAAGCUUUGGGGGGACGUGGGGGCUCUGGCCUGUAUGAUGCCUGAAGAUAGAAAUGCUGGAGUCCGCAGCCCAGGUGCCUUAGCUGCAGCUCCUUUCAUUCCUAAAACUACUUAUAGGAGAAUUAAACGGUGUUUUAGUUUCCGUAAAGGUAUUUUUGGCCAGAAGCUGGAAGAUACUGUACGAUAUGAAAAGCGGUAUGGGAACCGCCUGGCUCCUAUGCUGGUGGAGCAGUGUGUGGAUUUUAUCCGACAGCGGGGGCUAAAGGAAGAAGGGCUUUUUCGACUGCCUGGGCAAGCUAACCUUGUCAAGGAGUUACAGGAUGCAUUUGACUGCGGAGAGAAGCCUUCUUUUGACAGCAAUACAGAUGUGCACACCGUGGCAUCACUGCUCAAACUGUACCUAAGGGAACUCCCAGAACCAGUCGUACCAUUCGCAAAAUACGAAGAUUUUCUUUCCUGUGCCAAAAUGCUCAGCAAGGAGGAGGAAGCGGGCCUGAAGGAAUUGGUGAAGCAAGUGAAGAGCCUGCCAGCUGUCAAUUAUAACCUGCUGAAAUACAUCUGUCGAUUCCUUGAUGAAGUCCAGUCUUAUUCAGGCGUGAACAAAAUGAGCGUGCAAAAUCUGGCGACUGUAUUUGGCCCCAACAUCCUUCGCCCCAAAGUGGAAGAUCCUUUGACUAUCAUGGAGGGUACAGUAGUAGUCCAGCAGCUAAUGUCAGUGAUGAUAAGCAAGCAUGAAGAGUUGUUUCCCAAGGACGCAGAUCCUCAGAUGGGACCGGAGGCGUGUAACAACAACAAUGAAAUGCCAAAGAAAGUGAUCAUGGGUCAGCUACAGAACAAAGAAAACAACAACAGCAAGGAGUCAGCAGUGAGGCGCUGCUCUUGGGACAAACCUGAGUCUCCCCAAAGGGGAAGCAUGGACAGUGGGUCUCCCACUGCUCUGCCAGGCAGCAAGACAAGUAGCCCCAGGAACAGCAUCCAGAAACUGGAUGUCACAAGAAGUCCACCUCUCACAGUGAAAAAAAACCCUGCCUUUAAUAAAGGCAGUGGCAUAGUCACCAAUGGGUCGUUCAGCAGCUCUGCGGAGGGCCAUGAGAAGAGCCAGACCUUACCAAACUGUGCCCUGCAAAGCAGGAGAACGUCAUGCCUGAAAGGACCGGUGACUAAGAUGGGCACACAAAGCGUGCAGAAUGGCGGGGUGCGGAUGGGGGUUUCCAGCACAGAUGGGCACAGCAACACUCUCAACAGCCGGACCCCCGGCUGGGUGCCCAAUGGCUACGUCACACUGAGGGACAACAAGCAAAAGGAGUCGGUGAGUGACUCGGGCCAGCACAACAGACUCUCCACCUAUGACAAUGUCCACCAGCAGUUCUCCAUGGUGAAUUCCGAUGAUAAACAGAGCGUGGACAGCGCCACCUGGUCAACGUCCUCUUGUGAAAUAUCCCUCCCUGAGCACUCCAACUCCUGUCGUUCGUCCACCACCACCUGCCCUGAGCAGGACUUCUAUGGAGGUAACUUUGAAGACUCUGUGCUGGACGGGCCACCACAGGAAGACCUCUCUAAUCCAGGAGACUAUGAGAACAAAAGUGACCGAAGGAGUGUCGGGGGCCACAGUAGCCGAGCCACCAGCAGCAGUGAUAACAGCGAAACAUUUGUGGCAAACAGUACCAACAGUCACAGUGCUCUGCACAGCCUGGUGUCCAGCCUGAAGCAAGAGAUGGCCAAGCAAAAGCUAGAGUAUGAAACGAGGAUAAAAAGCUUGGAGCAGAGAAACCUCACCCUGGAGGCAGAAAUGAUGGCCCUGCAUGAAGAGCUGGAUCAGGAGCGGAAGAAGUUCACAAUGGUGGAAAUCAAAAUGCGUAACGCAGAGCGGGCCAAAGAGGAUGCGGAGAAGAGGAAUGACAUGCUGCAGAAGGAAAUGGAGCAAUUUUUCUCCACUUUUGGAGAGCUGACAGUGGAAGCUCGCAGACCAGAAAGAGGCAACACCAUCUGGAUCCAGUGAGCAUUGGAAACUUAGACUGUGGGACUUUGGGGAAGGGCUUGUGGGGGUAUUAUACUGUAUCAGGUGGCUGGUCACCUGUCUGAGGCUAGUACUCAACAUAAUGUUAUAAACCCUUGAAGGAAGAAAUCAUACAAACAUUAACCACUCAUAUCUACAGUGUGUACUUAUCAAGUUAUACUCUUUGAAUGCUUCAUGAGACUACUGUUAAGUGUUACAACUGGAUAUGUGUAUAUAAAUUUAAAAAAAAAUCACCUUAGAGAGCGAGAGAUCUAUCUCCAGAAAUAUUUUAAUGCAAGUCUUCUUGUAUUUAAACUGGUAAAUUGAAAUGUUGUUGCAAUCAAGCUUUAUAUCAAGGCUUUUUUCCCCUUGCACUUAACAUAAUAAGCUAUUUUUGGCAUUGUGUUACCAUCAGCUUAUUUUGUGUAUCAAAUGUUUUUUGGUUUUGUUUUUUUGUUUUGUUACCCCUCUUGCGGCGGGUUGAAGAUAAAACAGAUACGUUAAGGUA